CAGAUACCUCAGAUACUUAUCUCUGUAAACUCCACAUCUCUAGCGUUAUCUCUUCCAUCUCUCUCUCCUAUGGGUCUUCCUACAGAUUUCAGGGAGCUUCAGAUUCCUGGAUACGUACUUAAGACUCUUUACGUCAUCGGUUUCUUCAGAGACAUGGUCGAUGCGCUUUUUCCUUACAUCGGUUUACCACAGUUUCUAGACCACGAGAUUCCUCGACCGGACCCUUUGGUCCUUAUCCAACCCGACAACUCCAGAGCCGUGAGUCUCGCUGACGAGAUUUCCCCGGUGGUUCGUUUCUCGGAUAUCCAGACCGAUAUUGAAGACUGCUGUACGGUGUGUCUCUCUGAUUUUGAAUCCGAUGAUGACAUUAGGCAGCUUCCGAGUUGUCGACACGUGUUUCAUCAUCGUUGUUUGGACCGUUGGAUCGUUGAUUGCUGCAAGGUGAUGUGUCCGGUUUGCCGGGAUCGGUUUUUACCGACCGAAAGUUCGCGGAUGGGUUCGGGUCUUGGUUUUGUUUGGUACAAUGAUGAAUCGGAAAGUACCAUUACCAACUUGUAAUGAUGGGUGUUGAUUUUUCUGUGUCGGCAGUAUUGGUGUUUUCUGUAUAAAUUCCACUAUAACACUCUUAGAAUA